AUGUGCAUAACUGAUACUCAUUCAGGCAAUAUUAAAAUACCUGAUAUUGAUACAGACAAAAGUAAAAUACCUUAUACUGCUAAUACAGAUAAGAUUCAAAUAACUGAUACAAUAGCUGAUACUGACAUAGACAAGAGUACAAUAUCUGAUACUGACAUAGACAAGAGUACAAUAUCUGAUACUGAUACAGACAAGAGUACAAUAUCUGAUACUGACAUAGACAAGAGUACAAUAUCUGAUACUGAUACAGACAAGAGUACAAUAUCUGAUACUGACAUAGACAAGAGUACAAUAUCUGAUACUGAUACAGACAAGAGUAAAAUACCUGAUACUGACACAGACAAGAGAACAAUACCUGAUACUGACACAGACAAGAGUACAAUAUCUGAUACUGACAUAGACAAGAGUACAAUAUCUGAUACUGAUACAGACAAGAGUACAAUAUCUGAUACUGACACAGACAAGAGUACAAUAUCUUAUACUGACAUUGAUAAGAGUACAAUAUCUGAUACUGACAUAAACAAGAGUACAAUAUCUGAUAAUGACAUAGACAAGAGUACAAUAUCUUAUACUGACAUUGAUAAGAGUACAAUAUCUGAUACUGACAUAGACAAGAGUAAAAUAUCUGAUACUGACAUAGACAAGAGUACAAUAUCUGAUACUGACAUAGACAAGAGUACAAUAUCUGAUACUGACACAGACAAGAGUACAAUAUCUGAUACUGACAUAGACAAGAGUACAAUAUCUGAUACUGACAUAGACAAGAGUACAAUAUCUGAUACUGACAUAGACAAGAGUACAAUAUCUGAUACUGACAUAGACAAGAGUACAAUAUCUGAUACUGAUACAGACAAGAGUACAAUAUGUGAUACUGACAUAGACAAAUGUACAAUAUCUGAUACUGCUACAGACAAAAGAACAAUAUCUGAUACUGCUACAGACAAGAGUACAAUAUCUGAUACUGCCACAGACAAGAGUACAAUAUCUGAUACUGAUACAAACAAGAGUACAAUAUCUUAUACUGAUACAGACAAGAGCACAGUAUCUGAUACUGAUACAGACAAGAGUACAAUAUCUGAUACUGACACAGACAAGAGUACAAUAUCUGAUACUGAUACAGACAAGAGUACAAUACCUGAUACUGACACAGACAAGAGUACAGUAUCUGAUACUGACAUAGACAAGAGUACAAUAUCUGAUACUGACAUAGACAAGAGUACAAUAUCUGAUACUGACAUAGACAAGAGUACAAUAUCUGAUACUGAUACAGACAAGAGUACAAUAUCUGAUACUGACAUAGACAAGAGUACAAUAUCUGAUACUGCUACAGACAAAAGAACAAUAUCUGAUACUGCUACAGACAAGAGUACAAUAUCUGAUACUGCUACAUACAAGAGUACAAUAUCUGAUACUGAUACAAACAAGAGUACAAUAUCUGAUACUGAUACAGACAAGAGCACAGUAUCUGAUACUGACACAGACAAGAGUACAAUAUCUGAUACUGAUACAGAAAAGAGUACAAUAUCUGAUACUGACAUAGACAAGAGUACAAUAUCUGAUACUGACAUAGACAAGAGUACAAUAUCUGAUACUGACACAGACAAGAACAAGAACACAGUACUUGACACUGAUAUAGACAAGACUACAGUACUUGACACUGAUAUAGACAAGAUCACAGUACUUGACACUGAUAUAGACAAGACUACAAUCCUUGACACUGAUAUAGACAAGACUACAAUACUUGACACUGAUAUAGACAAGACUACAAUACAUGACACUGAUAUAGACGAGAACACAGUAUUUGAAACUGAUAUAGACAAGACUACAAUACCUGACACUGAUAUAGACAAGACUACAAUACUUGACACUGAUAAAGACAAGACUACAGUACUUGACACUGAUAUAGACAAGACUACAGUACUUGACACUGAUAUAGACAAGACUACAGUACUUGACACUGAUAUAGACAAGACUACAAUACCUGACACUGAUAUAGACAAGACUACAAUACUUGACACUGAUAAAGACAAGACUACAGUACUUGACACUGAUAUAGACAAGACUACAGUACUUGACACUGAUAUAGACAAGACUACAAUACUUGACACUGAUAUAGACAAGACUACAAAACUUGACACUGAUAGAGACAGGAACACAGUACUUGACACUGAUAUAGACAAGAAUACAAUACUUGACACUGAUAUAGACAAGAACACAGUACUUGACACUGAUAUAGACAAGACUACAAUACUUGACACUGAUAUAGACAAGAACACAGUACUUGACACUGAUAUAGAUAAGACUACAAUACUUGACACUGAUAUAGACAAGACUACAGUACUUGACACUGAUAUAGACAAGAACACAGUACCUGAUAUAGACAAGAACACAGUACCUGAUAUAGACAAGAACACAGUACCUGAUAUAGACAAGAACACAGUACCUGAUAUAGACAAGAACACAGUACCUGAUAUAGAUCCAGCUGGUUUUAAUAAAUGGUAUGGUUGGACUUGA